UUCAAAAUUAUUGUGAUUUGUGAUGAUUUAAUACAGAAUACAGUUUAACAUGCGAGAUAAGUGCUUUUCGUAUUAGUGUUUUAACUAAAAUAAGAAGUGUAUACGUUUAUUUUGUAAUUGAGUAUUACAAAACGCUACGUCAGUGCAUUAAUUUUAUUUGUAACUCAGAUAUAGGUUUGUGAAUAAAAAUGGACGCCGAACAAUUCUCAUUAAAAUGGAAUAAUUUUCACUCUAACCUGACUAGUGGAUUUCAUGCCCUUUUACGUGGAGAAGAUUUAGUUGAUGUAACAUUUGCUGUGGAAGGAAAAUUUCUACAAGCACAUAAAUUAGUUUUGUCAGUAUGCAGUCCUUAUUUCAAACAAAUGUUCAAGAUUCAUCCUGAUAAGCAUCCUAUAAUAAUACUAAAAGGGGUAGCUUAUAGUGAUAUGUCCGAUAUUUUAUUGUUCAUGUACCAAGGGGAAGUUAACGUACGACAAGAAAAUUUAGCAAAUUUUCUAAAAACUGCAGAGUUAUUGCAAAUUAAGGGUCUCACAGAAGAUGAAUCGUCGAAUGAUAAUCCAAAACCAGAUGCAACAAAUGAAAAAGACAAUACAUCAGAAUCAUUAACACAAUACAUGUAUCAAGAUAAACAAAAAAAUGACACUUCAACUAUAAAUAGUUCAUCAAAUUUACAAAAUGAUGCACCAAAGAGACCGGUGGUUUCUCCACCAGCUAAUUCUGAAACGAAAAGACUUAAAGUAGCAAACAAACCUGAAGAAAAUGCACUUGUUGAACCUACUGAUAUGACCUUCAUACCAAAGACUGAACCUAAUUUUAUGGAUGAGGAUUAUGAGUCAUCUAGCAUGGGAGAUUUUACACAAAUUAUGGAAAGUGCGCAGAAAGAUAUGAAUAUGAGUUCAUCGGGUAUGUCACCUUUGGCAUCAUCUGUUCUUCAAGAUUCCAGUCAACUACUAGAUCACGUUGGCACAAGACCGAAUGACCAGCAAGGUCUGGACCUGAAGCUCGCGGAGCAUCUCAAACAAGCCAUCAAGAAUUGUUUGGAUGACACAUAUUCGAAAGAAUUCUAUUGUCCGAUUUGUCCCAAGACCUACAUCAUGAAAGGAAGGUUGGUCUCUCAUCUCUACAUGGAGCACGAUCUUAAUGUUCAUCGAUACAAUAAUGUGGAACCUAAAAGAUGCGAUAUUUGCGGAAAUGUUUAUAAAAAUAGUAAUACGUUAAGGGUGCAUAUUUAUAUGGCACAUAGGAAAGGAAAGAAUGGAUCGAAUAAUACUUCCACCGCUGCCACCAAUCCAUCUACAUCCACAUCUGGAAUGUAGAGGAACAGGAAUUACUGGAAAUAUUGGUCAUUAAAACUUGAUGAUUGCGAAAUUUGAAAGAUUGUUUUCACAAAUACUUGAUUCUUACCGCGGCAGCUCAUGAAAAUUAUCUUGAUUUUCAUACUGAAUUUAUUGCUAAUCUUAUUGGUGAAAUAAGUCUAUAUAUUCGAUAUAAAUGAUUCAAUAAGCUUGAAUCAUUUUCAUAUUAUAUGCAACAGAC